GUAGGUUCCUCUCCUGUACUGUGUCCUAGCGUUCACUGUAUCUACAUAAACCUUGGGCUGGUUUUACACUCGCUAGGUCCGGUGGUCAGGCAGCGUGAGGAAGGGUUUAACGUGUGGUUUAGAUAUUGCUCUUUAGUUCUGAGAAUGUGUUUCAUCAAAAAGAGGAACUAACGGUUUCAAAAUUUUACGAGAGAUAAACCAGAGGUUAGGUUUUAAUUAUAAGCUGCUGCUGCCCCAGCUCAGGAACAUCGUACUGAAUCAGCUGCAGACAGAAUCAAGAGGCAUCAUGAAUUCAACCCCAAACAUCACAAGCCCAGUUACGCCCACCCCGUGUAUCAGGGAGCCAAUGUGCAUGUUCUACGUAGUAGCAAACGUGAUCAUCAUCAUCCUGGGUGUUGCCGGGAAUGGGUUGGUGAUCUGGAUCGCUGGGUUUAAGGUGAAGAAGUCGGUGAACAGCACCUGGUACCUGAGUCUGGCUCUGUCUGACCUACUCUUCUGUCUCAUCUUGCCCUUCUUUGUUGGCGAAAAGAUACAAAAGCAAUGGAACUUCGGACUCUUCAUGUGCAAGUUCAGGUCCUUCGUCAUGUUCCUCAACUGGUUCAGCAGCAUCUAUCUCCUCGUCAUCAUCGCAGUGGACCGCUGUGUGGUGGUGGUGUUUCCAGUGUGGGCACAGAACCGGCGCACCAUCGGGAAGGCCUCUGUGAUUGUGGUGUUAGCCUGGAUCGUCUCAGCAGCGCUCAGCACACCAAUGGCUGUUUUCAGAGAAGUUGAGUACGGGAAGAGGAACAAAUGCAUCAGAAAUUACACAGCGGAUAAAGACAGUAUUGGCACGGUGUCGGCACGGUUCCUUUAUGGGUUCGCGAUCCCAUUACUGAUCAUUAUUGUCUGUUAUCUCAUCAUCAUAAGAAAGCUGGUGACUAACGAGAUAGCGAAGACCAAAAAGCCACUGAAGGUCAUGUCGGCACUGAUUGUAACUUUCUUUAUUUGCUGGAUGCCUUUUCACAUUUUCUCCUUUUUGGAAAUAAAUUACAAGACUUUGCAAUUUGUUAAAGAUGGGAAAUCAUUUACCAUGACUAUUGCGAAUACCAACAGCUUUUUGAAUCCGUUUCUUUAUGCGUUUAUGGGAAAGGACAUUAAGAACCAAUGUCACGCACUUCUGUCAAAAAUUCAGAAUGCAAUUGAGGAGGACAGCCAGCCCAAAAGCCAAGGGACAUCUCAUACCACCUCUAGUGUGGCCAAACAUUCAACUGCUUUAUAAAUUUAGCUUUUGAUGCAUUUUUUUAUCUUGCAAAAGGGCUUUAGUCUCUUUGUCUUUUUCUUGUUUCAUUUCUUUCUUAACUUGUGAGGAAUUGGUGACUUGUCCAGGAGGUUUUCCUGCCUUGAACACAAUGGCCGCUUUUACAUUGCAGGGCCAAUUAAUGACUUUUUAAAGUGGACCCAUUAGAGCGAUUUUAUUACCGUUUAUUUUUCCAUUUGCUGUGUUGUUAUCAAGACUAGGAAAUGCACAGCAUCAAGCAAUAAUUAUUAGCAGCUUCCUAAUAUAAUCACUUAUGUCAAUUACUUUGCCUAAGUCCUUUCCUUGUGAUGCUUUAUUAUUUAGUCAUUUAGAUCAUUUAAUUCUACCUGUUUAGGAUAAUAGCCAUGUCAAGAGUGUGACUUAAGCUAAUUUAUUAUUUCAAAAGUUAAAGGAGAGUCGCGAGAAUCAUUGCUAUCUCAGACCCGGCCAAAAAUAUAUAUUUUAAUGCCUUGCCUCAGUUAAAUAGCAAUGGAUCUUACAGAUAGAUCUGCACCGAUGCGGUGUGGUGGUCUGGAAGUGUGAUGUGAUGAGGAAAAUUUCUUUUGUUAUCUUGGCAGAUAAAAUACAGGUGCACCAC